AUGCAGCCAGGACUGCCUACUGAUGUCAGAGAGCAGUCCUGUGACAUCGUGAGUGCAAUGAAUCAAACAACAAUUUAUGAAAUCUAUCUCAGGGGGUUUGAGAACAUUCAGACUUUGAAAGGCUUUAUAUUCUGUCUCUUUCUAGUGGUAUUCGCCAUCACGUUAACCGGAAACUUUCUCAUUAUAACGGCGGUAACCUCAAAUUAUCGUCUUCAUACCCCCAUGUUUUUUUUCCUUUGUCACUUGUCUCUUUCCGACAUGUUACUCACCACAAACAUUGUCCCAAACACGUGGUCUCUCAUACUUUCAGACGGUGCGGUUGUUCCUAUCACAGGCUGCAUAACGCAAUUUUUUUUCUAUGGUACUUCAGUAAUAACCGAGUGUCUUCUCCUCACCGCCAUGUCCUAUGACCGUUACCUUGCCAUUUGUAAACCGCUACACUACAACAAUACCAUGGACUUCCGACUUUGUCUGUCUUUGGCCAUAGGCUCGUGGUCAUUAGGUCUUCUGAUAACGCUCAUUACGGUAAUUUUUCUGCACAACUUGUGGUUUUGUGGACCCAACAUCAUUGACCAUUUUUUUUGCGAUCUUGGUCCUCUUCUGGAGCUGUCUUGUUCCGACACAACUAUAGUACAAUUCGAAGCAUUCACGUUCUCUACUCUUUUAACCAUCGUUCCGUUUGUAUUUAUUUCAACAACGUAUGCUGGUAUUUUUCUCACUAUCAUGCGGAUCCCGUCCAUCACCGGGAGGCAGAAAACCUCCACCUGCAGCUCUCACCUGGCCGUCGUAUGCACGUACUACGGUGCGCUGUUCGCAAUGUAUGUGGUUCCGUCGAGGGGCUACUCCUUAAACAUUAACAAGGUUGUAUCACUGAUGUAUACGGUGGUCACUCCAUUAUUCAACCCCAUCAUAUAUAGCCUACGAAACCAAGAGAUCAAAACAACCCUGGGAAAAUAUCUUGGAAGAAGAAGGUCCAAAUUUUAA